GCUACAAUGAUAACAAUGUCGCGACUGAGAGACUUCGUGUGCUUGUGCGCGCUAGUGUGUUCGAGCCUAGAUGCCGCAAGAAUCUUGGCCGUAUUUCCAACUCCGUCAAUAAGUCACCAACUACCGUUCAGACCCCUUACACAAGAGCUCGCGCGUCGCGGACACGAGGUGUUAGUGAUCACACCCGAUCCUGCGUUUCCUACAGGAAAAGCGCCAGAAAACUUGACGGAAAUCGACGUACACGACGUAUCCUACGCAACUUGGAGACAAUUUAUGUCAAAAAUCAACAACGGGAAACAAAAUGACUUCAGUUCACAAUACAAAAUUUUCAGUGAAGCAAUCAGAACCAUAUUCGAACAGCAAACGUCCGUUUUUGAAGUGAAGGAUAUAAUCAAGAACCAAAACGAUACUUUUGAUUUACUGUUAGUAGAAGCUUGCUUUAGACAAGCUCUUGGGUUUUCACAUGUUAUUAAAACACCAGUUAUAGCUGUGAGCUCACUGGGUGCUCUUUUUGAUAAUUACGAAGUUAUUGGAGCACCAACUCAUCCUUUACUGUACCCUGAUCCAAUAAAUUCGCGCAUAUACAACCUGUCCCUUUGGGAAAAGGUUGGCUUAUACUAUAAUUCAUUCACUAUACAGAAUCUAGAUAAAAACGUAAAAUUAAAAGAAAAUACUGUCGUCAGGAGAAUUUUUGGUGAAGACACUCCAGCUUUGAGUGAGCUGCAAAAUAAUAUAGAUAUGCUGUUUUUAAACAUUCAUCCUAUUUGGGAGGGCAAUCGUCCUGUGCCUCCCGGCGUCGUUCAUAUUGGAGGGAUACACCAAACUCCAGAGAAGCAGUUGCCGCAGGACUUACAGCAGUACCUCGAUUCAUCCGAGCACGGCGUGAUCUACCUGAGUUUCGGUUCAAACGUCGACACAUCGAUGCUACCCCCAGAGAAAGUACAAAGCAUCAUAAACGUAUUUUCGCAACUGCCUUACGACGUCCUCUGGAAAUGGAACCAGGACGAGCUUCCCGGACGGACGAAGAACAUCAGGAUUUCAAAAUGGUUUCCCCAGUCUGACCUCUUAAAACAUCCAAAAAUCAAACUGUUUAUCACACAAGGAGGCUUGCAGUCAACAGACGAAACAAUUAUCGCCGGAGUUCCUGUCGUGGGCAUUCCAAUGUUCGGUGACCAGUGGUACAAUGUCGAAAAAUACGUGCACCACAAAAUUGGAAAGCAAAUAAACCUCCCCGAUCUCGAUGAAGAAACAUUUAAGAGUACCAUUCAAACUGUUAUUGAAGAUAAAACAUACCGCGAAAACGUGGUGCGCCUGAGAUCCCUGAUGGCGGAUCAGCCGAUGAGCCCCCUGGAGCGCGCGGUGUGGUGGACGGAGCACGUGCUGCGGCACGGCGGGCGGCACCUGCGCGCGCCGGCCGCCAACAUGGGCUGGCGAGAGUAUUACGAAGUGGACCUAGUACUUGCCAUACUUAGUAUAGCCACGGCUGCGAUUGUGGCCGUGUCGGUAGUAUUAUACAAGACUGUCAAAUUCAUUUUAGGUUCUAGAAAUGUGAAAGUUAAACGUUCAUAAA